AUGACCGAUGCUGCAGCCUUGCCGGAAGGGACGGGCACCUGCACGCAGUUCAAUGUCAUGAAGGGGUUUGGUUUCAUUGACAUGGGCGGCGUCACGGUUUUCGUCCACAGUUCCGACUGCGAGCCCGGAAAGCAGCCGAAGGAAGGUGACGUUCUUACGUUCAACUAUGAGCCCAGGAAAAACAACCCGGAGCAGAUGCAAGCGCGAAGUGUCAAGGGCUGUUCUGCAGCACGGACGGAUGUGUGGGGUCAGCCUGCCUUCGCCGGGCCGGUGGAAGGCACAGGUGCAUACACAGGGUCUGUGAAAAACUUUGGCUCGAAGGGCUAUGGCUUCAUCGUCAUGGAAGACGGUGUGGAGAUGUUCUUCAACAUCAAAGAUUGCGUGGGCAGCAAGCCAGUUGCAGGAGAUACAGUCAAGUUCGACAUUGAGGAGAGCCCUAUCAAGCCUGGCAGCAAGCAGGCGAAGAACGUCACCGGAGGAAGCCAGCCUUUGGACCCACCGAUGGGCAUGAAGGGUGGAUGGGGUCCCAUGUGGGAUGGGGGCAAGGGCUGGGGCGGCGGAUGGGGCUGGAAUGGCGGCUGGGACGGCGGCAAGGGCGCCUGGGGAGGUGGCAAAGGUGGUCUCAAGGGUGGAAUGAUGGCUGCCGGGCCAUACGGAAAGGGCGGAAAAGGCGAGGCGAGGGUGAGGGACAACUGCAUCUGCUGGCUAGAGGGCAUUGCUAGAAUGCUGGCCAUCGCGGCGCAGGGGUUUGGCUUUAUCGACAUGGGCGGCGUCACAGUUUUUGUCCACAACACCGACUGCGAGCCCGGAAAGCAGCCGAAGGAAGGUGACGUUCUUACGUUCAACUAUGAGCCCAGGAAAAACAACCCGGAGCAGAUGCAAGCGCGGAAUGUCAAGGGCUGUUCUGCUCAACGGACGGACGUGUGGGGUCAGCCCAAGUUCGCGGGGCCGGUGGAAGGCACUGGUGCUUACACUGGGAGUGUCAAAAGUUUCGGCGCGAAGGGCUAUGGUUUCAUCGUCAUGGAAGAUGGCGUGGAGAUGUUCUUCAACAUCAAAGACUGCGUGGGCAGCAAGCCAAUGGCAGGAGAUACAGUUAAGUUCGACAUCGAGGAGAGCCCUAUCAAGCCUGGCAGCAAGCAGGCCAAGAAUGUCACCGGAGGAAGCCAGCCUUUGGAUCCGCCGAUGGGCAUGAAGGGUGGAUGGGGUCCCAUGUGGGAUGGGGGCAAGGGCAUGUGGGGCGGAGGCGGAGGCGGUGGAUGGGGCUGGGACGGCGGCAAGGGUGCCUGGGGAGGUGGUGGUGGCAAAGGUGGUCUCAAAGGCGGCAUGAUGGCUGCCGGGCCAUACGGAAAGGGCGGAAAGGGCAUGUGGUAG